GCCAACCCUGAAAUCGAAAUCGUUUCCCUCCGCGUGGAAAUGAACCGUCAGCCCAGAGAUGGGAUCAAGUAAGACGUUCACAUCUUGGGUUGGAUCGUUUAUUCAUCCUGUGAGGGAAACUGAUUAAAUAGUGUUUUACAUUUUUCUUGACAACGUUCCCAAAUCACUGCAGACAUUUUCCGUGACUACUCAAAUGGGCCUCCAAGCUACGGCUCAGGAAACCCCAGCGGCACCCGGACCCCGGUUUGAGCCCCCCUCGAGAUGGACCGUGCGCAUCGGUCGUGUCUUCAAACCUUUGACCGGCGCCCCGGUUGCCGUGACGACCAGCAUCCACAUCCUCCUCGGAGCCGUUGUAACGCAUCAUGCGCCUUCACGGUUGACUUGCUGAGUCAAAUUGGGGUCGUCGACCCCAAACGGCUGGAGGAUCGCUGCCCGAACGCGUUUCCAGUGAAGAAAAAAUGUGCGAGUCAAGAUUUUGAUCUGGUGAGGCUCCUUCAAGUCGUGAUUGGACUCGAUCAGAGCUGGGCGAAAACUGCAACAAGCCGUCGUUUGUGUGCCCUCUCGCCUCGUGAUCGCCCGAGGCCACUUUCUGGGCAUUUUGUGUCCCGGUGCAGCGGCAGAGACACUUCAAGUCUUUGUGACGAGCAUGAUGGGCGUGGCUGAUACAAAGUGUAACCGCGCAGAUAGGAACGAAAACUGUAUCAACAUGCCUGACUGAAGAAAUACAAAACGUGGACGUUCCCGGCAAAGUGCUGUGCACUCUACGUUCCGGGAGGAGCAAAAAAUAUCCAGGAGCAUGUCCAAACCAGGAAACACAAAGUCAUGCCGAGGUGCCGCCGUACACGCAGAGCAGGCGACGAGCUCGGCCGAUCUCGUCGGGAACGCAAGCAGCUGCAAAAUCCAUAGCAGGGUUGGAGAUAAGUCAAGCUGCAAGAUGGCGGAGACGUGAAGACUCCUGACAAUCCCGGUCACAAACACAUUCAAAAUACAUAUCUCAUUUUUAACAGGGUAGCAUUAAUGCACUCAUCCUUAUUCCUACUCCAUGUUCAGUUCAUAUGUGGUUAUUUCUCGUUUAUGUCAAGUUAUUGUUACAUUAUUAUUUGACACAGGCCUUAUGAUUUAUACAAUGCCAUUAAUAAGCACAAGACAGUAAGGGGCGUGAAUACAUUACAACAUUCUUCUUCCAUCCCUCCAUCAUGAUUCCUUUGAAGCACGACAAGCGCAGCCUGGGCUGGCACAAGCGAGCGUGCCACUCGAGUUCACGUCGCGAGGACCGCGGGGGUCCCAGGGGAGGAAUGCCGCCUGGCCAAAACUACAGAGCCUCCAACCUGAGGCCCCCGCCACCUCCCCCCGCGGUGCCCUCGUACCACUACGACCCUCAAGCUCCCGCCGUGGCCGGUUACCAGGCGAACGCCAGCGGCUACAUGCCCCCGCCCCCCGACUUCAUGUCGUACCCACCGCCGGUGCCUCCCCCGGCGCCGGGCUCCCUCCACCCGUGCCCCGCGCGUCCGCCCUUCGCCAAGCCCCCCGUGCAGGGCUUCCCCGACCCGCCGCCGAGCUUCCCGCCUCCCCCCUUGCCGGCGACUGGCGCGCAGAUGCCGCAGAAUGCUUACCACCCUUACAUGAUGCCGCCGCCGCCCUUGCCGCAGCCGCCCAUGGCUCCCCCUGUGCCCGCCCAGUCCAUGCCUUACCCUCCUCCGUACCACGUGGGCUACCCCCAUCCUCCCCACCCGCCCUUCCCGCCCCCCGGCUUCAGCCCGGGAUACGCCCAGAGCCCCGGCUCGUUCAAACCCGAGCAGAGUUUCCACCCCAGGGGGCAGUACAAGUACGAGAAGCCCGGCGACGGCGGCCGGCGCUCCCCCGAGCGAGGGUAUCGCCACGAGGACCACCGGAAGAGCGUCUACGGCGGCCACGGGGACCGAGGGCGCAAGGACCGCGGCAGGAGCCCGGACAGGCACAGCCGGAGCGAGGGCGGGAGGUACAGGUCCGACUACGACAGAGGACGCUCGCCCGGCGGGCCGCGUCGAAGCCGCGAUCGCAGCAGGGAGCGCUACCGACACCGAGACAGUCGAAGGUCUCCGUCGCCUGACCGACACCGAAAGAGGCCUCGCAGUCGCUCGACCAGCAGAGACAGGAAGCGCGGUCGCUGGGAGGAGGAGCGGGACCGCCAGUCCGAGUGCUCGUCGGUUCCGAGCCGAGACCGCGGCUACUCCUCGGGCCGGAGCAGAGAUUCCGAGGAGGGCGGCGAGCGAGAGCGAGGACAAGCCGAACGGGCGGAGGAUGAGAAGGACGACGACGACCUGCUGAAGCCCGCCUGGAUCCGCUGCACUCACGCCGAGAACUUCUACUCCAACGACCCGAUGGAUCAAGUGGGAGAUUCAACCGUCGUCGGCACGAGUAAACUGCGAGCCCUCUACGAGCGCUUUGAGGAGGAGCUGGGGAAGAGGCAGACGAGGGCCAAGGAGUCGCGACCCAAGUGGGAGCCGCCCAAGACCAAACUGGACGAGGAUCCCGGUGACAGCAGCAGCGAGUCGGAGUGCGAGUCGGACGGCGAGGGAAGCUCUUGCUCCAGCGGCUCGGACUCGGAGCUGUUCGACGUCAUCGCCGAGAUCAAGAGGAAGAAAGCGCACCCGGAUCGACUUCACGAGGAGCUGUGGUACAACGACCCGGGACAGAUGAACGACGGUCCUCUGUGCAAGUGCAGCGCCAAGGCCCGACGCACCGGCAUCCGCCACAGCAUCUACCCGGGGGAGGAGCCCGUCAAAUUGUGUCGCGGGAUGAACAACAACGCCGGGAGGCUGUUCCACUACCGGAUAACCGUGUCCCCGCCCACCAACUUCCUGACGGACCGUCCCACGGUGAUCGAGUACGACGACCACGAGUACCUCUUCGAGGGCUUCUCCGUCUUCUCCCACACUCCGCUCACCAGUAUUCCAUUGUGCCGGGUGAUCCGCUUCAACAUAGAUUACACCAUCCACUUCAUAGAGGAGAUGGCGCCCGAGUGCCUCCUGAGCCGAGGUGCUAAUCCUUUUAGAAGAGGCGAGAGGGACGAUGGCGUCGAUAAGAACUACUGCGUCCGAGGCCUGGAGCUGUUCGCCUCCUACCUCUUCCAGGACAUUCUGGAGCUGUACGACUGGAACCUCGCAGGCCCAGAUUGGGAGAUCAACUCUGGCGGAUGCCAGCGCUUCCACUUCAUGCCUCGUUUUGUCCGCUUCCUACCCGAUGGUGGCAAGGAGGUGCUGUCCAUGCACCAGGUGCUGCUCUACCUCCUGCGCAGCAGCAAGCCUCUGGUCCCUGAGGAGGAGAUCGCCGACAUGCUGCAGUGGGAGGAGCUGGAGUGGCAGAAGUACGCGGAAGAGUGCAAGGGCAUGAUCGUCACCAACCCGGGCUCGAAACCGAGCUCGGUGCGGAUCGACCAGCUGGACCGGGAGCAGUUCAACCCAGACGUCAUCACCUUCCCCAUCAUCGUUCAUUUCGGGAUCCGGCCCGCCCAGCUCAGCUACGCCGGAGACCCUCAGUACCAAAAGCUGUGGAAGAGCUACGUGAAACUGCGCCACCUGCUGGCCAACAGCCCCAAGGUUAAGCAACUCGAUAAGCAGAAGCUGACGCAGAGGGAGGAAGCGCUUCAGAAGAUCCGUCAGAAGAACACCAUGCGCCGGGAGGUGACCGUGGAGCUCAGCAGCCAGGGAUUCUGGAAGACCGGCAUCCGCUCCGACGUCUGUCAGCACGCCAUGAUGCUGCCCGUCCUCACCCAUCACAUCCGCUACCACCAGUGCCUCAUGCACCUGGACAAGCUGAUUGGCUACGUCUUCAAGGAGCGCUGCCUCUUGCAGCUGGCCAUGACGCAUCCCAGCCACCAUCUCAACUUCGGGAUGAACCCCGACCACGCCCGCAACUCGCUGUCCAACUGCGGCAUCCGUCAGCCCAAGUACGGCGACAGGAAGGUUCACCACAUGUACAUGAGGAAGAAAGGAAUCAACACUUUGAUUAACAUCAUGUCCCGUCUGGGCCAGGACGACCCGUCCCCCUCCAGGAUCAAUCACAACGAGCGUUUGGAGUUCCUGGGCGACGCCGUGGUGGAGUUCCUCACCAGUGUCCACUUGUACUACCUCUUCCCCACUUUGGAGGAAGGCGGCCUGGCCACCUACAGAACGGCCAUCGUGCAGAAUCAACACCUGGCCAUGCUCGCGAAGAAACUGGAGUUGGAUCGCUUCAUGCUCUACGCUCACGGGCCGGACCUGUGCCGGGAGUCGGACCUGCGGCAUGCCAUGGCCAACUGCUUCGAGGCCCUCAUUGGCGCGGUUUAUCUGGAGGGCGGCUUGGACGAGGCCCGGCAGCUCUUUGGACGUCUGCUCUUCAACGGCCAGGACUUGCAGGAUGUUUGGCUCCACUACCCUCCGCACCCUCUGCAGGUCCAGGAGCCUCAGACGGACCGGCAGCUGAUCGAGACCUCGCCCGUCCUGCAGAAGCUGACCAGCUUCGAGGACUCCAUCGGCGUGUUGUUCACCCACGUGCGUCUGCUGGCCCGAGCCUUCACGCUGAGGACGGUGGGCUUCAACCACCUCACGCUGGGCCACAACCAGAGGAUGGAGUUCCUGGGGGAUUCCAUCAUGCAACUGGUGGCCACCGAGUACCUCUUCAUCCACUUCCCCGACCACCACGAGGGACAUUUAACGCUUCUGCGCAGCUCGCUGGUCAACAACCGCACGCAGGCCAAAGUGGCGGAGGAGUUGGGCAUGCAGGAGUUCGCCAUCACCAACGACAAAACCAAGCGGCCCGUGGCGUUGCGGACCAAGACCCUGGCCGACCUGCUGGAGUCUUUCAUCGCGGCUCUCUACAUUGAUAAGGACCUGGAAUUCGUGCACACUUUCAUGAACGUCUGCUUUUUCCCCCGACUGAAGGAGUUUAUUCUGAACCAGGACUGGAAUGACCCCAAGUCUCAGCUGCAGCAGUGCUGCCUGACGCUGAGGACGGAGGGCAAGGAGCCCGACAUUCCGCUCUACAAGACGCUGCAGACGGUGGGGCCGUCGCACGCGCGGACUUACACCGUCGCCGUCUACUUCAAGGGCGAGCGCAUCGGCUGCGGAAAGGGCCCGAGCAUCCAACAGGCGGAAAUGGGAGCGGCCAUGGACGCGCUGGACAAAUAUAACUUCCCGCAGAUGGCCCAUCAGAAGCGCUUCAUCGAGCGCAAGUACCGGCAAGAGCUGAAGGAGAUGCGACGCGAGCGGGAGCGCCAGGAGAAGGACGCCGACGGGCCCGGCGACGGCAGGAAGUGAGGAGGUGGUGGGCCCGCUUCGCUUUCCGGAAGGUCGCACCGGUAAACUUGUUCAACCCUUCGCUGCGGAGUCGAAAACUGUCGGCUUUGACCUCGCGCAAUCGGGACAAGCAACAUUUUUAAGCCUUUUGUCUAUAUAAAUAUAUAUAUAUUUUAUUUUAUUUUUUUUUUAAUGAAAGCGCCCCAGCGAAAACAAAAAUAG